AUGGCAAGCACACGUUCCUGCAAAAGUUGUAGGAAAACUUCUCUUGUUAGGGAUGAUGUGUCUGGGGAUUUGAUAUGUUCCUUGUGUGGUGUUGUUCAAGAAUAUGAUCAGUUUGAAGCCCAUAUUGGUGGCAUCAAUGGUCCACAAGGAACAUUCAUCCGUGUUGGAACUUCUGGUGCAGGUACUAUAUAUAGUUACAAAGAAAGGAAAUUCUUUCAAGCCCAAAGUUUGAUAGAUGAAUUAACUUCUAGAUUAGGUAUAUCUUCAAAAAUGAGUGAUAUUAAAGCGAUGAUUUCUACCAUCACAGAGGGUGAAUUUGGGCAAGGUGAUUGGUUUCAGGUUUUAAUUGGUGCAUGUGUGUAUAUAGUGAUGCGAAAGGAUAAUCGCCCAAUGUCUAUGGCUGAAGUGGCAUGGGCAGCCGGAUGUGAUGUUUACGAAUUGGGUAGGAUGAUUAAACGAGUUAUUGAUUUUAUGGAUUUGAAAAAAUCAGAUUUUCCAGAGUUUGAUAUCGUGCAUUCAUUGGAAAGGGUCCUUAAGAUUUCACCAUCUUUUGCUAGAAUUGACAGAAGCAAAGUAGACAGAAUGCGCAAGCAGGGGAUAUUUUUGUUACAGUGUGCAAUGAAGUGGUUUUUGAGUACCGGACGUAAGCCACUUCCAUUGGUAGUUGCUGUUUUAGUUCUGGUCGCUGAAUUGAAUCAAGUUGAAAUUGGAAUUAGCGAGUUGGCCAAGGAAGUUCAUGCUGUUGUUUCCACUUGUAAAACACGAUACAAAGAGCUUUUAGAGAAACUUGUAGAAGUGGCACAAGUUUUGCCUUGGGGAAGAGAUAUCACCACUAGAAACAUUGUCAAACAUGCACCAUCUGUAAUUAAGUAUUUGGAGACAAAGGCUAUGUUGAAACCUGUUGAUAAAAGGAAAGACCUAGAUCGUCCUGAGGCUAAUUUGGCAGAGAUGGUUAGUGAAUGUUUAAGAAAACUCGAUGAAAAUGGACACAAGACUGAUUCCAUAAACCUCCCAAGUGAUUCUCAUUGUAGCAUAUCACAAAACAAUAUUCACUCUACAAGACCAAGUGCUAGGGAUGCAAACAAACUGCUUUAUUCACCUGAAUGUUUGUCCAUGUUGUAUGAGCAAUCUUCCGAGAGGGUCGAUCUUCAGGAUUGUAGUGAGUGGUGGAAUGGAAAAUCAGAAUUGAGCAAAAAGCUUGUGCUCAAACAGUUACUCGAGAAGGAUGUCGGAUUCGAAUCCAUGCCACCUUCUUUUAUUUCAAACUGCUUGAAAUGUGAGAUGAGAAGAGAGAAGAUCAAUGCUGCUAAGGUGCGUAUAGAUAGAAUAAUGCAUCCAUGGAAUUCUGAUUUGGGUGCUGAUUGUUCUGAGAAAAAGUUCAAGAGAAGAAGAAAGCUUGUUGAUGGAGUUGAUUGGGAAGACCUGAUUAUUGAGACCUUACUUCUUCAUCAAGUAAAGGAGGAGGAAAUUGAGAAGGGAUACUACGGUACGUUGCUGGAUUUGCAUGUGUUUAACUCUGGCAUUGUAUGA